CACUUGAACUCUCUUUUUCAAACCUGAGAUAUAUGUUCAAGUGGGGUCUCAACCAUCCCGACCACGAUUAAAAUCACCCCAAAGUAUAGAGAGUGGCAUCCCUUUAAAUACUCCCAAAGUAGCAGGGUAUUCAAGUAACUCCAUAAGCUUUCAUUACCUUUAAUAUACUAUUCAACUUAAGAGUAUUUUAAAGCCCUUUGUUAACCAAAGAUUUUCUAACGAGAAAGAGAGAGAGAGAGAGAGAAAAUGGCAAUGCCACUCAAAUCAACACCUUCUAUGUCUUCUUCUCAAUGUUCAUCUUCACCGAACUCAAGCUCCGUGAAACUCAAAUCCCUAAUCCAAACUCUCAUCCUUUCUCAUGUUUGUCGACUAAUCCGAGAGAUCUCUAGAGCUUCAUCUAUUCUUGUUAGAGUCUUGAAGAAGAAGCAAUCUAAUCUCUUGUCAGUGUCUUCUUUACUCUAUCCAAAAAGAGCCUCAACAAAGAAACAAAAGGGCAAUAUUUUGUUCGGUUCCUUCAGACUUCACUACAACUUUUGCUCCUCUCACGUAGUGCCCGUCUCUGCGCCAGUACGUCUCCCUGAGGAGCUCUACUUAGCUCAUCUCCAAUACGACUCUACUUGGGAGUCAUCAUUGUACUCGACUGAAUCAAUGGAUGUUCCCGAUGAUUAUGAUGAUGAUGAUGAUGAUGAUGAUGAUGUACAAGAACCCUCUCAGCUUACUAGCUAUCUAAGACAGCUAGAGGAUAAAGUUAAAGAAGACAAAGAAGAAGGGAAAGAGAUGAUGGUGAUGAAUGAGAUAGAUAAAUUAGCUGAUAUGUUUAUAGCAAAUUGUCAUGAGAAGUUCAUGUUGGAGAAGGUUGAUUCGUAUAGGAGAUCACACGAAAUGCUGAAGAGAAGCAGUUGAUAAUGAUGAUGGGGGCCUUCGUAUGAUCGUAUCUUUCAUUCCUUUUUAAUGUAAUUUUCACUUUUCCUUUUUCUUUUCUCUAAUGAAUUUUCUAAAAAAAUGUGUAUCUGAAGCAUAGAGGAUGGAUUGAGUGGUGUUUGUGUUGUGUUACAAUUUGAUGAUAUGAUUGGUGGUCGUUUAUAACUAUAAUUAAUAGACAGUCCAAAAAGGAAAAGAGAGGAUGAGAAUGGAAUGGAUUUUUGUAACUUUGGCUUUUGUGGUUUGAGUUCUCUUGUUAUUAUCUAUCUUCUGAUA